AUGCAUCAAGCGAACAAAGCGGAGGGGAAACAACCAUCUGUCGCACAGCUAGAUUUUCCGGAUAGCGCAUCAGACGACCACAUCAGCGUAGAGGAGGGAAAUGUCUGGGACACGGACAUAAACAUUGCAGACGAUGACCUCCUUGUGUUAGGCGAUGGUGCACAGGGAGGUGGAGAGGAAGCGGAACCACCCGAUGGGACCAAUUCAGGGGAUGCGCUUAUGGAGGACACCUCCAGGGUGGAACAGAGUGACGAAGCACAGGAUGGACACAUGCUUGAAGAAGCGGCCACCGUGACGCAGCUACAGAAAGAGUGUGACAUUUUAAAAAAAAAAUUAGAGCAGUAUGAGAGAAGGAACGAAGAACAAGAAGCAGCGCAAAACGAAUUGAUGGAACAACUAAAGACAUAUGAAAGGAAUUCGAAUCAAAUGAAUGAAGAAAAUUAUGAACAAGUUAAAACGAAUUUUAAUAAAAUUAGCAUCCAAUGCGAUGAGUAUGAAAAGAAGUUGCAGGAGGUGUACCUUCAGAUGGAACAAGGUAAAAAUUUGAUGAAACAGAAGGAAGAAGAAAUGAAGGAAAAUAUGACCAAGGCAGAAGAAGAGCUGCUGAGGAAAGAUCGGAUCAUAGGGGACAUGCAAAACGUAAUUGAAAACUACCAAAGAGGAAUAAACGACUCGGAGAAUAACCUUAAGGAGAUUGAAGACGCAAGAAUAAAUGAUCAACUCAUGUAUAAAAAAGCAGUAGACAAUUUAGAAGAAAAAAUUUCUUACCUGGAAAAACAAGUAAAUAACAAACAGGAGGAAAUUUUUGAGUUGAAAAACAGAAAUAAAGAAUUGAAUGAUGAAUGCACAUAUUUGAAAAUGAAGGAAGAAAAAAAUGAACAAAAUAUUUUCAACUUAAAAUCAAAUUUGCAAAUGAAUGAAAAAGAAAGUUUUGUCAAAUAUGAAAUGAUUCAAGAACAGAAUAAUAAAAUUGAACAGCUGAUCAUGGAAAAUAAAAAAAGCUCGAAAGAUAUAGAAGUUCUGAAGAGUGAAAAAGGAAAAGUUGAAAAUGAAAAUGAAAUUUUAAAAAAAGAUUUACUGUACUUACAGGAGAAAUUAAAAAGUAUUGAAAAACACAGCUAUGAUAUUUACGAAAUGAAAAAUUAUGUGGAGACGGUUAUUGAGCAAAAUAAGAAUUUAAUGGAACAGUUGGAGUGUGAGAAAAACCAGAAGGAAGAACUGAAAGGGAAAAUAAAAGUUUUUCUUACUGAAAUGAAUAACUCUGCAAUAUGUCUUCAAUCGUAUAAAAUGAAAUGUUCUUUCUUUGUUGAUAUUCUUAGAAAGUGUGAAGCGAAAAUGGGUAUGCUUCAGAUGAAGAUGAAAAGUUACGAGUCUGUGAGGAGUGGCCAUGCCAGGUGGAUGGUGCACCCUGCAUUGGGCGUAGGGGUAGGGGUAGGGGAGGUAGGAAGUGAUCAUCCGUUAGACAGCAUCAAACAAACCAUCCUCCUCAGAGAGGAACUACAAAUGGAGAUAAGAAAAGGAGAACAAGUCGCAGAAAAAAUGCUCAAGCUACAAAACAUGGUCAAGGAAAAAAAUUUACUCAUAAAUGAAAAGAAUUACAAACUCAACAAAUAUAAGCUUCUUAACAAUAAUCUGAAAAAUGCCAUCAUGGGGUACCAAUCUAGCAUGAAGGCAAUGAAGGAAAAUAUACAUAACUUAGAAAAACAAAUCGCAGUCAAGGAAGUGAAAAGUAUAAUGGUACCACCAAAGGUCACUGUGCAUGUUUCCAAGCUAGCCUCAUUUGAAAAUAAUUUAAAAAAUGAACUCAAGGGACUUAUUGGAAAUUCUUCUACCUUUUUAGAAAGCACCUUUAAGUAUAUAAAUGAAAACCCUAUUAAAAAGAACCUCCAGAAUAAAGCCUUCUUUUCCUCCACAACGGAGAAGAAAAGUGACGACGGGGAAGUGAAGGGGGGGAGCAUUGUUAAGGAGACCCCCGCAAGUAGUGUGGUGUCCAACGCUGAAGGGACAAUACCCAAUUUGGCUAGUACCAGUAUGGGCACCGCCAGCCCAGGAGAUGGUAGCCUCGCGGAUGUCACCGGGUUUGCCAAAAAUUUUAUUUACACGAAUAUGAAUCGAAUCCCCAAUUUCAUCCCUGAGCAGAACGGUAAAAAUGGGUCAGGGCAGUUUGGUGCGGCAGCGAGAAGCGAGUCUCCCCAGCUGAGCGGAGACGAUAUUGCGUGGAAGGAUGAUGGAGCAUGGGUAGAGGGAACGCACGUAGAGUCGAACCAGGUGGAACACUCCAAGUCAGAUGCAAAGCCGGACGCAAACAACAAAUACAUCGACCUGUUCAUGGGGAAAAAGAACCUGAACAAGGUCAGCAGCACAAGUGAUAUUUUGAACGUGCAAAACGUUUCGCAAUUUUAUGCAAACACGGAAAAUAAAAUUAAAGACUUAUUCGUCCUGAAUAAAAAAAAGGAGUCUCCGAAAAUAAAAGAAAAGGAGGAAGACCCGAAAAGUUCCCAUUCGAAUGAAAAUGCAUUUUUCCCCAUGCACAUCUUCGGUGGCAGCAAAUUGAAAGAAGGAUUUCCAACUCCUCCAGGGGAUGUAAAAAACGAGGAUGAAUUAGGUGGUGCGCCCACAUUAAUGGAGAACUCAAGUAAGUACGACCUUGCUGGGAGCAAAAAGAAGUCCCUGCAUAGUUUGUAUUAUGAUAACAACCCAGCACCAGAGGGGAAUAAUACAAAAGAGGAGACAAAAGAAACGGACAAUCAUCAGCAAAAGUUGCAGCCCAUUUCGUCUGACGAAGACGCACAAAUAAACGACGAUGUGUGGAAUGAGAAAAUCGAUUUGGACAACUUCGAAGUGGACGAGUUGUAA